UUUAUUGAUACAAAAGGUGUUUUCCGCGUCGAAUUUGAAUGUUGACAACAAAGAAGUCAAACAAGAACAGUGAUUCACGCACAGUACGAGAAUCUUGAGCAGUUUUAAAACCAGCUACAAUGAAUUCAUCAUCAGGCCGGUCAUUAAGGUCCGGACAAAGAAGAAGGCUGAAACAUUUGAGAUCAAGCUGUGUUAAGGGGCAGCUUGAAUUGAUCAGUUUAGAGCGGUCAAAUGACACAUAUUCCUCCAAUUACAGAAAAGAAUUUGGCAGAAAGAGCAAAAAUCUACAAAAGGAGAUAAGAAAAAACACAAAGGAGGUUAGCGUAACAAAACAAGACAAGCAGAAAAGUGGUAAACAGUUACCAAAUGAAUAUCAAGAAAUUGUUGGCAUCCCAUUAUUGAGAAGAAAAACUGAAAAAGCCAGUUUUGAUCAAACAUCAUCAAAUUCAUUUGCUAAAUGUAUGGCUGAAAAUAGGACAUUCGAAAAUGUAACCUCUGACUCAGGCACGGAAGAUGAAUAUCAUGAAGAACAUAAUAAAAUUGUUAAAAAUAAGCCUGUUGAAACAGCAGCUAAUAGAUUUGGUGUUUUAAAUUCAUGUCAAAAUAGUAUUCUGGAUCUCACAUGCAUUUUCUGUAAUAGAAUUUGCUCAACAUUUGGAAAUUUGAAAAGACAUAUGUUCACGCAUACUGGAGAAAGACCAUUUUCUUGCUCUCUAUGUGGGAAAGGAUUUAUCCGUAAAAAUCGCCUUUUUGAGCAUAUCAGCUCCGUUCAUCAAGGUCAGAGACCAUAUACAUGUGACAUUUGUAGCAAAGCCUUUGCAUUAAAGCAUAAUCUAGUGGCACAUAUGAACUACCACCUUCCUCAAGCCAGGCUCUCCUGUUGUUUGUGCGAGAAACAAUUCAAAUAUAGAGGCGAUCUGAGUAAACAUAUGAAAAGAAAACAUAACGAACCUGUUGAGUUUGGUAAAAACUGUGUCAUGCUUAAUGAUCAGUUUGACACUCCAAAGAUAGAAUCACAAACAGAAAAUGGUGAUACUGACAUGCCCCAGUCAUCAGAUUUUACUAAUGCUAGCGCUGAUGAUAAUGAGAAUAAGGAAAACUAUGUUGGUAAGGUAGCAUGUAAAAUUGAGUUGCCUGAUGAGGAUUAUGGUAUAAGCCGUGUUGUUGAAGAACCUGAACGCAAGAGCAAGAAGUUAUAUCAUUGCGACACGUGUGACAAACGCUUUGCAAAACGAUGUCAGUUAGAACGCCACUUGCUCACUCAUUCGGAGAACAAACCGUUUCAUUGUUCUCUUUGCGGCCGAGGCUUCAUCAGGAGAGACGCACUGAAGGUGCAUAUAUAUGCCCAGCAUACAGGAUAUAGACCAUACAGCUGCGAGGUUUGCUCGAAGACCUUUACGACUCAGUCGCACUAUAAAACCCAUGUGCUGUGUCAUGCUGCGGAAAGAACGUUUCUCUGUAAAUAUUGUAAUAAAGGUUUUAAGACUAACAGUAAUCUGUUAAAGCAUGUGAAAAGAAAUCACAAGUCUGAAAAAAGUUUGGCCAGAGUUACAGCCCCUGAAAGGAAACAUGUUUGUGUGGUGUGUAACAGAAGAUUUUUGUGUGAAGCAGAAUUAAAACAACAUGAAAAGCGGUGCAAUGGCAAGAGAUAUAUAUGUGUUGUUUGUAACAAAGAUUAUGUUGAGUUAAAAUCGUUUCAGCAGCACGAAGAACGGCACAGAAUGGAAACUGGAAAUGUUUACAAAUGUGUUAAAUGUGAGGCGGGGAUAAAAGGCUAUGAUAAUAUAAAGAAGCAUGCUAAAAUCUGUAACACUUAGUGCUGAUGAAAGGCAGCAUGGCUUUUAAACUAAAAGUACUUAAAGGAACUCAACUGAGGUGACCGUAGGCCUAAAACAUAAAAUUUGAAAACCUUUCAAAAAUCAAAUAAAGCACUAAAAAUGGAAAAAGACUGCAAAGGAUGAUAAAGAAUUAUACUCAGAACUAAUUUGAAAUUAAUUUUUAUGAGAUUUUUACCCAAAUUUGAGUUAAAAGCGUUGCAACACUUUUAGUUGUUGGGUCACUUUGCAUCAUAAAAGUGAUUGUUCUAGGAAAACGGGGCGAGGGAAAGGCCUGAAAUUUUGCACACAAGUUAUUGGUCCAGACCUUUGUUAGUUGGUACACAGAUCUUGGAAAGAUAUUUUAAGUCCUGUCAUGUAAAAAAACAGGGUGGAGUCCCUUUAAGCUUGACUAUUCAAUGAUUAAUUGUACUAUUCUUCUCACCCAGGUAUAAGUAUAGGUGCUGCAUGCCUCGUUAAUCAGUGAAGAUUACAUAUUCACUACGCUUUACAAAUUUGAUCUAGUUUGGAAUUAUGAUAACUAUCAUAAUUGAUAAUUACCUAAAAUUACUUGUCUGUCAUUCACUU